AUGAGUAGAGGUCAGUCGUAUUUCAUCACUCUCAUUAGAAACCGAACUCGACAGAACUACCCUGAUACCCAGAUACGGAGUCUAACCGUCGAGUCUCGAGAUAAUGAAUCCAAGUCCGAGGAUCAGAAAUCAACCGGAGAUGGAACAUCGUCGGCUUUAAGUUAUAAGGAAAUGGCUAAAACGAACAAUGUUCUGUUUUCUAUGUGGUUUUUCCGAUGGCUUUGUUCCAACUAUGAUGGUUACACACCUGAUCCUGUAUCUUUAAACCUUCUCUUUGGUGCUCUUUUGGAUGCAAACGCCGUGAAAGCUGCGACAAGUUUUCUAGACACCACUCGUUUUAACCCAGAGCCGGAGUUAUUGGAGCCAUACGUGAAGUGUCUUUGUAAAGAAGGGCUGGUAGGGGAAGGCUGUUUAAAAGCGAGGAAGGAAACUCGGUUGUUUGUGGAAACUUCACCAAGGAAUGGUAGAGUCUGA